GUGGAACAUUUGCCUCGAUUGUAUGUUCCAACACCUAGUGUCGAUAGCUGAAUAGUGUGUAGUGUAUGUACUUUAUAUGGCCGGAUAAUAACAGUGGUGUUUGUGGGUGGUUGUAGAUGUGUACAAUUGUCAUCACCUUCAGUAGAAGGACAUGUUCAAUCACCUGUGAGCUGUCCCUGUAUGUCUGGCAUUGCUUGUUGAUUAAAGGAGGAACUGGAUGGAGGCGUGGUGUUACAGGAGUUCAACUGCCACCAGUAUCUACACAUACAUCUACAGACAAAAGACAACAGACAGUAGCCUCGAUUAAAUACUGCCAAUCAUUACUCUCUGGACACAGCUGGGGAUCUCCGCUAGACCCUUACUUCUUCUUGCCACUUUAACCAUUCACACGUGGCUUGCGUUCUGACCCUUGUCCAUUGUGGAAAGCCAAUUGACUGUAGAGGCUCUUUGGAAACUGUUGCCCUUUUUGCUGCAAUUGGAGCCAGAAUGGAAUUUGUCCAAAGACCGUAGGAUGUUAUUGUUGUGUUAAGAAUUGCUUAGCUUUUCUUAGAAAAAACAACUGGUGAAGUGGGUUUGGCUUCACAGUCAACACAGUGAGGACAGAGGUCAUUGGGGAAAGCGCACUCGAAGUCAUAUAAAUUCUCAUCACCAAUGUAAGGAUGAAUCGCAGCCCCCAAGAUUUUGAUUUGGAAUUACUUGACGAAGAUUUAGACAUUGGUGGAAAUUUACCUUCAUCGCGUGACCGGAGGUCAGGGAGUGGGGUCAGGACAGGUCACGACCCAGACUCCCCAGAGGUCAAGGCCAAGGUUGUUAAAAUGGAGCAUGCCCUUGCAGGGCGCUUCAAGGAAUUUGGAUUAAGUGAAGGAGGAACAUUUCCAAAAUGCCUUGAUGAAGACAAAAUGGAUUUAAGCUUCGAAGAUUCCAACAGCAUGGAAUCGGUCUCCCAUCCGUUCCGGUCCAUGGAUGCAGUGUCCCCGGACGGAAUGGGAGGCAACAAGAGCCGGAAAAAUAAAGAAGAUAAAUACUGUGGUGUGUGCGGGGACAGGGCCCUUGGCUACAACUUUGACGCCAUCUCCUGCGAGUCUUGUAAGGCCUUCUUCAGGAGAAAUGCACCAAAGGGACUUGAAUACUUCAAAUGCCCAUACGAAGAAAAAUGUAAGAUGGACGUGUCAAAUCGCAGAUUCUGUAAAAGAUGUCGUUUACGAAAAUGUUUUGAAAUUGGCAUGAGGAAGGAAUACAUCUUGACAGAGGAAGAAAAGAUGAGAAAAAGGGCCAGAAUUGAAGAAAACAGGUAUUCACGGGAUAAUUCUGGGAUGGGCCAUGGUCAAUUUGGCAAAAAAAUAAAGUCACGUGAAGUGGAACGCACAAAGACACAGUCAGGUGACGUGUCUUCAUCCCAGCAUCGGCUACGUCCCUUGGAAGCGGAAGAGAUGGUCCACAUCAAUGAAUUGGUUGGCGCCUACCGGCAGUCUCUGGAAAUAUGCGUGGAGUCAGAAAUUUCACGUGAUAAACCGUCCAUGACUGAUCUGGUCAACAUCGCUGAAGUGAGCGUCCGUCGUGUCAUCGACAUGGCAAAGAAGAUCAAGUCCUUCAAGGCACUGUCUCAACCAGAUCAGAUCAGUUUACUAAAGGGAGGCAGUAUAGAGUUGUUGAUCAUAAGAUCUGUCAUCACAUUUGACAAAGACAAGGGUCAUUUCCUGGAUCCCUUUGAUAAGGACAAAUACGCUAUGACCACUGAGCAGCUCAAAAUGGGUGAGGGUGGCGGCCUUUUCGAUGAACAUAUGAAAUUUGUGAAAUCUUUAGCCAUGGAUUUACAUGCAGAUGAGACUAUUCUCAUUCUUCUAUUGGUCAUCGCUCUCUUCUCACCCGACCGGCCAAACAUUAGUGAUAAGAAUUAUGUCGCCCAGGAACAGGAUAAGUAUGCACUAUUGCUACAGCGCUAUCUUGAGUCAAAGUUCUCUUGCCAUGUUGUUCGCUGCCUCUACCCCAAACUGCUCAUGAAGCUGACAGACAUUCGUAAUUUGAAUGAAGAACAUUCACAGGUGCUUCUGAAGGUAAACCCAGAAGGCAUUCAGCCUCUGAUGAAGGAAGUGCUGGAUCUAAACCUCACCAAGGACGGCCAGAAGGUGGUUGUUCCCGUUCCUCAGAUCUAGACAAGACUUCCAGAAUGAGAAUAAUGAACCUGUUGUUUCUCAGCUCCUCACAGAGCUUAUUGGCUGCUUAAAAUGGACAAUUUGGCAAGACCAUGGUGGUACGAAGGUCUGCCAGAUGUCAGCCAGCUUGGAAUGAAGUCAGACCUGAUUUCAGACUGGUCCAUUUCAGCAGGGAGAGUAUGAAGGCUUUCUGAGCCCUUGUUAAGGACAUAAUUACCUUCUUGAAAGAAAGGGACAUUGACCUUACUCAAAGUCGUAAGUCCUUGAGACUAAGAAGCUGCCUGAGUUUUUGCCAGUUUUGAAUGGAGUAUUUGUCUGUGGUACCAUGUGUACAUAUCAUUCUGUGUACAAGGCACACUAAACAACAGUACGGCAAUAGUCAUGUGUAUUAGCCAUACUAUCUGUACAGACAUUGAACAUAAUUGUUUUUGCUUUUUUUUCCAUAUUAUUAUAAUCACCAAUGUACUCAAAUUGUACAGAGAAACUUAAGUAGUAAUGGCCGAAACUGCCUACCAUCCCCGGUAGGCACAAGGGCAAGGAAAGGCUGGAAUCAGCUGUCAAGACAGAUAACAUGGCCUGGGAGAACAGGCUUCACAGAUGGUGAGGAGAAAGACAUGGUCUGUAUGAAAAGAUAUGGAAGAAUUGUGCAUGGUUAGUUUGAUGUAGCAUUCAGACUUGCUCAACAGAACAGAUAUACCUUCCAAUAGUGCUAUUAGGGACGAAAUUGUAGACUGAAACUGUUAAGUGCUUUUAAGAAAUCUUUCAAACGGUUUGGAACAGUUUUGGUGCUCUCUCAACCCAUAUCACUCACUUCAUGCGAUGUCCAACACCAGCACAAUUUUGGCCCAUGCAGAAUCUUCCUGGUAUCUGCUGCUGAUCUUUACAAGAUGAACGGAUUUGCAAGUGUUGAUCUCAGUGCUGACAUCAGGAGCUCCAGAUCGGGAACUAACGACUGGCUGGCCAUGCAAGGACAGGUGCGAUGAAAUGUGAAAGAAGUGCUGAGCAGUAUCCAGAGAAUCAGAUAAAGAAUGAAACGAUGGUAAGGAACUGGAUUUGACAACUGUGGAUAUGAAAUGUAUGCAGGACUGAUUUGCAUUAACAAAGCAUAAGACCAUCUUAAAUAUGCUUUGCCUGCAGCCUACAGCCUACCAUUACGCAAAGUGACUGUUGUGUUUUAACAGAGACAUCGACAUCAGUCUCGGUUUAGAAAGAUGCUGAGACUUCCUGGCUGAUGUCAUUGUUGUUCAAGGUCAAGGUCACUAUGCUGCAUACCAAUGCUGUCUCAAACAGACAGUGUUUAGUACCAAAAACAUGUGACAAUCUGUCUACAGAAGGGCAAAUAUAUGAAAUGGUUCUAGUUCAAGAAAUGAGCAACCAUUUAGAUGACUUUUCAGGACUGGUGCUUGUGUUUAAGCUGUUGAGAGAACUUCAGCCAGCAGAGUUUUGACUUGCAAAUGAAAGAAACAAUUCCAGCCAAUCAGCAAACAGCAGAGUGUUGAGUACCUCUUCCAAACGUCCCAAGUUGUCUCAAUCUUGCCACCCUCGGCACCACUGCAGCUGCUGGUUCCCUUGGCAACGUAGAACAUGUGACUUGUUACCGUGGCAACAAAGAUCAUGUGACUGUUAAGUGUAAUGCUCUUCUGUGUGGUGUGGCCAUGACCGGUGAAACAUGUUUUCAAACAUCACAGCUAGCAAGACUAGCUCAAGUAUUCUCUUACUUUCACUCUGUUGCAUGCUAUAGUUAAUUGCUAUAACUUGAAAUAUUAUUCAUUUUCCCCGUUAAUGAAUACUAAACUAAGAAAAGCGAUUGCUUUCAUGAAAUAGUAUAGUCUUUGAGUGAGAAUACCUGUUUUAAUGGUUACGAUUUAGAUUUAUACUAAAUUGUGAAACGUAUAGAUUAUUUUAGCCUGUGUCUCAGUAGAUUAUGAGAUUCCAGGAACAAUGUUGAUUCAUCCUUAAACAAUCAUCAAACAUCAUAGUGUACAAUUCACCAAUAUUGAUACGUUUGUGUUUUGAGGUAGAAAUUAUGUUAUUGAAUUUAUUGAUUCUGAAACAGAAAAUACAUGAUUUUGCCAAACAGUUAUUUUGUUUCCUCUAAAUGGCAUUUAUACUUUGUUAAUAUGUUCACAUGACAAGGAAGGGUUAAAAGGAUAAAUGCUGUGAAAGGGGUUUCCCAGAGAAGAACCCCCCUUGCUUUGCUGUAUCUUUUCCUUAAAAUAUAUUUCUCCACAAAUAUUUUGGGGGGUUUAAAUUUAAAUAAUGGUGUUUGAAAGGUUAGACUAUUGCACCACAGAAAUAUGAAAUAUUUUAUGAAUGAAUAUAAAUUUUACUUUCAGAAAUACACCAUUAGAACUUAAAUAUUUUUAAAUAUAUUUGAGUUUACUUUUAUAAUUUUUAAAAAUAAGAUAUUUGUCAAUAUUUGUGGACAGAUAUAUGUGUUAGCUUUGCUGUACAAAUGAGCUUUAAUUUCUAGUAGGGUUUUCCCUGCACUUGAGGCCUAAGUGCUACUGUUAUUCUAUGUUAGGCCAUUUGUUCUAAUGGGACAUUCAUCUGUGUAUUAACAUUUUCAUGAUAUUGUUCUGUGUUAUUGAUUCAUCUUAAAGAUUGAUUGAUGGUCAAUCAGUAUAUGAUAUUGCCGACAGAGCUGCAUUCUUGGGUAGGAAUAAUCAAUGGUGUAUGGGAGACUGAAGGAAUAUGCCAGAGUGAAGGAAUAAUACUGAUAUUUAUUCUAACCUUUUGUCUCAGGAAAAUGUAUUAAUAGGGUGAAAGGUAAAAGUCCAUGAAACAUUUCAAGGGAUACAUUUACAAAGUAAGCCCCACUCUUAAUUUGUGUUUUCAUAUUGCACUGUUAUUGAACCAUUUGCUUAAAUAAUAAAUUGACUGACGGUCUUGACAGGAAAAGUAAACAGGAUGAUUGGAUGUUUUUCUUAAUGUUUCAUGUAAGUAAAUAAAUUAGAGACUGUUCAAAGGAAGAGUUUGCAUGAUACAAAAAUAUUAACCUUUUUAGAGAUGGAUGAGGAUGAAUUAUUGAGCAGUUGACUUUGAAGAAAGCAAGUAAAGUAAUGUAUUUGUGUGGUUAGGUGCUAGUUAGAAGCAAAAUAAAGCUGUUGUGGCAUUGCAUGUCUGUCGAUUCAUAUAAAAUGUAUUUUUGAAUUUAGGAAGUCUGUUUGAGAAUAUGUGAUAAGUAAAGAUGGAUAAAAACAUAUUUUGAUUAAGUACAUUAUGACAAGUUAUUUAUGACAUUUCAAUUAAUGAUUUAGCUUGCCUAGACAUGGAGGUCCCCCAUUUGUGCACAGGUCCAUGUAUUAGCAUGUAAAACAAUAGUGUAGUAUCUCAUCGAGUUCAGCUUCAGUAAAAGUUUGAUUUGUUAGUCUUGACUGAAGAAAUGGAUCUUGGAACAAUAAUCUCGUCUUUAAAGAACGUAAUCUAUUUAUAAACACAAAAUUGGGCCCUUUAACUUAUGAAGUGUAUCAUGGUGGUUAAGUAGGGAGUAUUUAGAUUUUAUUAUGGAAUUGUAAGCAAUUGAGGUAGGCAUUUUGAAAUUAUAUGAAAAUAAAUACAAAUUUGUUGGUUUCCAUGAGACGUUAGAAAUAUUUUUAGAAGCAAAUAUGUCUCUUUGACUAUCCAGAGAUGUCGUGGAAAUAAAACAAACGUUCUGUUUUGAAUCAGGUAAGACAUUGUGAUAGAGUGAAUGAUGUGACCUUUGAUCUUAGGUAUGUCAUGUGAUAUGUUUGGUUGGGUAUGUGCUAAAUACCUCAUAUCUUACAUAUAGUGUGAUGGCUCACAGCAGACCAGUGUGGUUAGUAUUAAGGUUGCUGAGUGUAUGUUAAUCAAUUGAUGUUUACAUAAUUUAUGCUUUGGUAAAUGCAUUCAAUAUCUCCAUACAUCGUCACACUGCUUCUGUUUCGUGUAAAGUAGAUAUGAAGUUACUGAAACACAAAGCAAACAUGAGUAUUAUAAUCCGUCUUAAGAAUUUUUGUCAUGCUAGACAAAAUUCUAUGUCUCUGGCAGCAGGUAGGAAACAAUUCUCUCUGCACCAUCAAUUCUGGAGGAUAUCAUGUAGAGUUUUUAUCGCUUUUGUAUUCAUUUUUUUCAUGAAAAAUUACUUCAUAAAUUUAUUCAAAAAUGUUAUUUACAUAUAUCUUUUAGACAUGCAGUUCAGUUUUAGUUAAGAAAGAACAUUUUAUUGCUUACUUUUUAUCUAUACUCUUGAGAAAUUUCUAUGAUGUCUGUGCCAUAUUUGUGUGUUCGUCUGUAGUUGUUUAAUUGUCUAUGCAAGCUUUUCUGUCAUAGUAGGAAUUCCCUUGUUGUAUAUAAACUGUUAAAAACCUAUUCCGUUCAUAUUAGAAGUAUCUUAUGUGAGAUUUUUAUCACAAAGGAACUAUGCAUAUCUGUCUAUGAAUUAUCCUGGCUGAUAAGGGAGAACAAUAGCAAUAAUAAUUGUUCACAACAGCUCUGUAUAUUGUUAUCGCUUAUCUCAAUAAAUGCUUAAGGGAUCGUCUCAAAACUUCUCCUUUUCUUAAAAGUUGCUUAUGUCAAAUGGUCCUUCUUAACCCCAUUGUAAACAGAUCAACUAAGAGAUUAUAUCUGUCACAUGUCCCUUUAAGAUGUAGUAGUAUCUUUUCUUGAUUUGGAAACAAGCUGAAAUUGUUUGAGACAUCCCAAAACUAUAAUUCUUCUGUUGGAGAUGUGUUUAUUUUCAAGUUCAAGUCUGUGUCAUGAUCAUUACAUUCACUGUUUUUUCUCUCAGUUGUUGGAUUACUUGUUAUAAAUGGCAUAUACCUAGACCUUGAAUCUUUAUGUGAAUGCACAAAACAGUGUCAUGUUAUAGACUAGAUAGUUGAUAACAUUGUAAGGGUAUACAGACAUUUUGAGAAGGCAGCAUUUAGAAUUAAAAGAGAGGGACUAACAACACCUCCCUGCUAUAUCCCUGUAUUUCAAAACUAGACCUUGAAGUAUGGACUAGACCUGAAUUUAUUAUUGUCUUUGAAACUGUUGCAGUUUAGUCAAUGAUGCCUGUAUGAUAGUUUGUUUUCAUUGUCCUAUUGUUUUCACUUUGCCUUCACAUAAGAUGUUACUCUCGUGUAAAUUGGUUGACUUGGUGCAGAUAUUAAAGUGGACAUUGUAUUGAACCAUGUCAGAUUGGUUCAUAAUUACUGAUAUGACUUGUCAGAAGUUGAAAGUAUGGUGAAAGAUUCCUCACAGCCUCUUCCUGUAUGUAAAGAGAAUUUUGAUUGGAUGAAAUCAAAUUAGUGUGACGAGGAAUGUCAUGAUUAUAAAUACAUACAUACAAGGUUUUGGAGGAAAAUAAACAGACUAUUCCUACCCAAA